AACAUUUUCUCAGUGCGGUUAGGUUGCGGCUCUCGUGCGUCAAAAAAGGUGAAUAUUUUGCUGGAAAAUUAAACCCAAGCUGGUCAAAACAUGGGUUCAAGUGUGCCGGAACAAGUUAACGUUAAUGUUCUGCUGUGAAAAGUAGGUUUAAUGUGUGGAUUUUAUCAUACGUGUUUGAUCUAUCGCGAAGUGUCUGUGUAUUUGUGUAGAUUUUGCUCUGGAGACAACAAAGUGCCUCUUCUAGAGUGUAAUCGCACUGAAGGCGCCAUUAGCGAACGUGGGUGUCAUUAACCAACACUCCAGAACAUCACUUUAAGCUUAACAACAAGAAAAAAUUGUGCUGUGGGAGGAAAUCCCCACUGUUGCUUCGGCUUGAACCAGAUACAUAAAUUUUACGUGAUUCGAGAGUGUAGAAUAAAGCUGUUCAAAAGAAUAAAUCCGGAUGUAGCCGCCGUCGACUUCGUCGUCGUCGUCGUAGGACAGAACACAGCAUGAUGAGUGCAAAUUAAAGUCAAAACCUGUGCUCGCCCGAAAAACGGAUACCCACUUGAGAGAGUAGUGCAGUUUUGUGUUUGUGCAAAAGCGAAGCGGCAGCAAAGCUGGAGACCGAGCCGGAAAUAGCAACGCAACCGGUGAUGGAGGAGGAGGAGGAUGUCGAGGCAACGCUAGACGACGUAGUCGAAUCGACCGACGAGACGAUGGACGAGACUGCAGCAGCAGAGCCCCUCCCAUCGCCGGGGAUCAAUGCGACGUCCUUCGCGGACAGCAUGUCCAAUCUGAGCGACAUCUCCUCGACAACGGCUAUCCUCAACGGGGGCAAUGCUUUGUCUGGCAGUGCCAGCAAUAGUGCCAUUGCGGCCGCAGCAGCUGCAGCGGCUGCUGGUGGAACUGGCAGUGGAUCCCAGGCCGGUUCCAGCCGGCCGCGUAUGGAUAUAGCCUGUGUAAUUGACACUCACCAGGCGCAGCGAAAGGCCGCUUUCGAAGAGCUUAAGUUAGCAUGCAUUCAGGUUUGCGCCAAUAUGCAGCUGCUCGAGUUUGAGAAGCUGGACUUUGGCGAACUCAAUUCGGUGGAUUGCUUCUAUAAUGCUGAUGUGGCCGUGGUGGAUCUUAGUGUCCAAGCACAGCAGAGUACCCUUAGUUACCAUCUGGGCGUCCGGGAGAGCUUCGAGAUGAAAGAAAAUAUUGUGAUUUACAACGACGUAGAAAGUGAAGCGACACUGAGGAUGAAGAUUUCCUGUGGUAAUUAUACGUUUGUGCCUUACCGGGCUGUGGAGGGGGCCGGUUGUGUAGUGACCAAUCCCGGAAAAGGUGGUUAUUUGGAGGAGGUUGAAUCAAAGGUCGCUUUGCUGGGUCGGCUGAGAAAGAUCUUUCAGGAUGUGGAGAUUCAAUCGAAAGCUCAUCUAAGGGAGAAAUUUCUGGCGGACUUACGCAGUCUGAGGGACCAGUAUGCCGGAAAUGUGGAAGAGCUACAAAAGAUGCUGCGCAAUAUGCGCAAGAGGUUGGACGAUCCUCAUGUACUGUCGAAGGAAAUUGUACAAACCUACAUGCUAUCCCUGCGGGAUGUUCAAGACUAUGACGCCAUGGUUCAAGUGGUAGACGAUUUGCAAACGGUUCCAAACAAGCAAAACUACAUUAACACCGGUAAUAUGAACUAUCUGUACGCGUUCGCCCUGAACCGGAGAAACAAGGAAGGCGACCGAGAUGCUGCGCUGAAAACAUGCAUCAAAGCUCUGGAAAAGAAAGAAAAUCAUUUCCCGGAUAUGCUCUGCUUGUGUGGUCGAAUCUACAAAGACAUUUUUGUAGAGUCAAAUCGAACCGAUAAGGAAUCGCUAAAAAACGCCAUCACUUGGUACAGAAAAAGUUUCGAAAUUCAACCGAACGAAUUCGCUGGGAUAAAUCUGGCCACCCUCCUCGUUAUCGAGGGGAAAGAUUUCACGGACUCGGAACUGCAGCACAUUGGAAUGGUACUGAACAAUCUGAUCGGCAAGAAAGGAUCUCUCUCCUCCAUCAAAGACUACUGGAACGUGGCGACGUUCUUCGAAAUCUCUGUACUAGCCGAGAACUACGCCAAAGCCAUCCAAGCCGCGGAAUGCAUGUUCCGGCUGAAACCCCCCAAGUGGUAUCUCAAAUCCACGAUCGGAAACAUCACACUAAUCGAUUGCUGCCGUCGCAAAUCGGAAGAAUCACUAACCUCAAUCGAGCAGCAAAUCUUCCAAUUUUGGAUGGAAUUUUUCCUCGAAGCCACCAACGCCGAACCUUCCUCCACGGUUCGCUUCCCCAUUCUCAUCCAAGAAACUCAGAAGAUCCUCAUGCCCUCGUACGUGGCAAUUCACAUGAACGCCGAGCAAAAAUCAAUUGACAUCACAAAUAUCUGCCAGCAGCACGAGAAGGACAAAUGCCGAAAGGUGCAUGAUUUCAACUUUCUCGCCAGCCAAAUCAAAUCGGUUAGCUUGUACAAACGGGACGAACGGUGCGCCUAUCUUUACGUACAGCAAAAUUCCGAUGAUUUCCAGAUGUAUUUCCCGUCGGUCCAGUGCCGGCAGCAGUUUUACGAUCUGAUUCUGCAGAUGACAGCCGAACAGGGCUGUGGAUUUAUCGAUCUUUCCACCGAAACUACCAACGACGAAAUCAACUACGAGUACGAGUUGGACGAUAAGAAUCGACGGAUCGUGCUGGGUCGGGGUACGUACGGCUCGGUUUAUGCCGCUCGCGAUCUCAACACGCAGGUGAAAAUCGCCGUUAAAGAAGUGCCGGAGAAAUUUAGUCAUGAAGUGCAGCCGCUGCAUGAGGAAAUCAAACUGCACUCGCAGUUGCGCCAUCGGAACAUUGUUCAGUAUUGGGGCUCCAAAUCGGAGGAUAAUUUCUUCAAAAUUUUCAUGGAGCAGGUGCCAGGAGGCUCGCUUUCCGCUUUGCUGCGUUCCAAGUGGGGUCCGUUGAAGGAUAAUGAAGCGACAAUCGCUUUCUACUCGAAGCAAAUCCUCGAGGGCUUGAAGUAUCUACACGAUCAGAAGAUCGUGCACCGAGAUAUUAAGGGAGAUAAUGUGUUGGUUAACACGUACAGUGGGGUGGUGAAGAUUUCCGACUUUGGAACUUCGAAGCGUCUAGCUGGGAUCAAUCCCAUCACGGAAACUUUUACCGGAACGCUGCAGUACAUGGCUCCGGAGGUUAUCGAUCAGGGUGUGCGUGGUUAUGGUCCUGCUGCUGAUAUUUGGUCCUUUGGGUGUACCAUCGUCGAGAUGGCAACCGGAAAGCCACCGUUUGUAGAACUUGGUUCUCCCCAGGCUGCCAUGUUUAAGGUGGGAUUCUAUAAGAAGCACCCGGAAAUACCGGCCGAGCUGUCGCCGGUGGCGAAGAAUUUUAUCAAGCGCUGCUUCGAAGUGGACGUGGAUAAACGAGCGACGGCGGCCGAUCUGCUGGAGGAUCCGUUUUUGUCGGACAAACACAAGAAGAUGCGCGCCUCCAUCAGCAUUCCUAACACAAUCAGCACGGCCGAAUUCUCCCGUAGCGUCAGCAUGCCAGUGGAUCGUCACAUCAGCAAAACUCUCACAUCACAGCAAAGUUCAGCCAGCUGCAACACACCAACAAACUCGGAGUCAGACGCUCCGCCAACAUUUGCCUCGUCCCGAUCGGCCUCCAUCCGGAAGAACAAACAUCUCGCCCAUCUGACACCGAUCCAAAUGCCAAACCAUGUCAGUAGCAUUGGGAAUCUCGCAGAGACCCCAUCGUUGGAAAUUGAAUCUAUCGACCCGACUCCCGCUGGUUUUCAGUUGAACCGAAGGAGUUCCUCCGGGGGUUUGCUUUCGCCGGAGGUUGAGCUUCUAUCCAGCUCGAGUAAAUCACCGCUCGGCGGUGAAGCGAACGAAAGCGAUGGGUUCUAUCUGCUCAAGAAGGACUCCCAGCGGCGGGCCACUCUGCACAAGGUUCUCGAGCAUGACGAGCGCAAAAUCUGCCAGGUUUGGAUGGAGAAGAUUGUGUCCGAUCGGAAGGAGGCGGUCGUUAUUAGUCUCUCGCACUUGGAGACGUUGAUCAAAGCGCUGCGAACGUACAUCACAGAGCAGAAGAAGGAGCAGCUGGAGGCCGUCAUCAGUGGGCUGAAGAAGAGUUUGGAUUUCGAUUCGACGGCGAUCGAUCAUCUGCAUUUGGCGAUGUAUUCGUUCCAGGAUGCGGUCAUAACGGUACUGCGGUCGCACAAUAUCAAGCCUCACUGGAUGUUUGCGUUGGACAAUCUGGUUAAGAGUGCUGUUCAGGCGGCGAUUAUGAUUCUAUCGCCGGAGUUGGGUCGUAAUUUGGCUGGGCAUUUCCGUAAUGAUGAAGAUGACGAUGACGAUGAUGACACCAAUGAUACGCCGGGUGCUCGGCACGGGGCUGGUGGGGCGAGAGGUAAUCGCGGACAGGCGGUCGACGAUGACGAUGACGACGGUGAACUGUCCACUUCGGGUGUGGGUACCGUGAAUUCUGUGACACUAGCCAAGCCUGCUAAGCUGAGCCGCACGAAGGUGGUCACCGAUCAGAUAACGGCACUGCGUGCCGAAAACAUAAGACUGAUGGAAGAUCUGUACGAAUCUCACAAGACUUACCAUGGCAUUUUCAAAACUGCCCUCGAGGGCCAGUCCACGAACGUGGAAAUGGUACGAACGUUGGCCGUUCAGCUUGCGUCGGUGGCCGGGCGGUAUGACAGUCGAGUUUCGCAGGGUUACGCUAGCGAUCUAACGGACAGUCCCGGAAUUACAGACGAAGCGGACUCAGCUAAUAACAAUUUUCUCCGACCGGCUCCUGUACGGAGCGGAGCGACCCGAAACACACAGGACCGACGGGCAACAGUUCGAGUUUCGAGGCCACAAUCGGAUGCCCGGCUAGACGAGUGGCUUAUUCAGCAGGGUUUCGAUGUGAAUGUUCGGGAAGUUAUCCACGGCGAAGAUUUCAGCUACGAUGAUUUCGUGUACGAAAUGGAUCAGGAAGAUCUGCGUCGCAUUGGACUAAAGAUCGGCAUCGAAGUCCGGUUAUGGCGUGCAAUUCGUGCCCAUCGUCUCACGCAUCCACGCUCUGUCUGGGCGCCGCUUCCAAAUGCCGGCUCCCCAUUGUCGCAUUCCUCCUCCUCACUGGCAACGGUUCUGCUCACUAACGGCACAACACCGGCAGACGACCGUUUCGCGCAGCCCAAACCGAUCUCUAACUCGAGCAGCUAUGACUCAAGUCACUCGCUCGAAACGGCAGCUUCGUCCGAUUACGAUUCCUGUCCGGGGACCGACUCAUGAGGCCGCGUGGCUAAGCGCCGGAAGCGAUCAUCCGGCUGCGUUGGCCACAAUUCAAACAACGAUAAAUCUGUCCAGAAGCAAUAAGAGGACAUAAAGAAACAUACAUCAUGAUGAAGCCGACACUAAGGUAAGAAACUCCUAUUAUCUCAUGCACAAAACAACGUAACGCAGAAGUCUCUCUUGAGUCGGGAGAUCGAGAGAAAAGCUAGUGAUUAAGUUAAACAGUAAAGAAAAAAAAAUCAAGAUAAUCAAAUUAACAAUCAAAACUGUUCGAAGCAAAGCUUUCCUACAUUGUGGUAGUAUUUUUGUUUAGUGUUUCCAAAUUCUCCACUCUUUCAAUUGGAUCUAAUUUUUGUUUCUGUUUCUGUCUGUGCUUUUUUUGCUACUUACUAGUUUGUUGAUAUUAUUGUAAGAUAUUUUAACCUUGUUAAAAGUUAAAUACAAGUAGAAAUGUAAGUCGCGCAACAGCAAAAAAACAUGUGCUAGUGAUUGCCAUAUAUUAUACACACACACACAUACGCACAUAUUUUGUUAUCGCUUAUCGUCGUGUUACAAACUGUUCCCAGUGAUGAACACCAGCAAUAAAGCAGCGCUUCUAA